AUGACUAGGUGUAGCUUUGCGCAAAAUUUAGUGGAGUGUUUUGAUGUACUGAAAGCAAAGAUUAGGACAGGUAACAAGAUCGUUCUUCCAUUUAUAUACUGUUUGAUACUGAAACUACAGAGUCAGGUACUAGAGACCCAAGAACCCAUUUACACUUGUACCCUAGAGACCCAAGACUUAAUUUACACUUGUACCCUAGAGGCCCAAAACUUCAUUUACACUUGUACCCUAGAGGCCCAAGACUCCAUUCAGACUUGUACCCUAGAGACCCAAGACUUCAUUUACACUUGUACCCUAGAGGCCCAAGACUUCAUUUACACUUGUACCCUAGAGGCCCAAGACUUCAUUUACACUUGUACCCUAGAGGCCCAAGACUCCAUUCAGACUUGUACCCUAGAGACCCAAGACUUUAUUUACACUUGUACCCUAGAGACCCAAGACUUCAUUUACACUUGUACCCUAGAGGCCCAAGACUUCAUUUACACUUGUACCCUAGAGACCCAAGACUUCAUUUACACUUGUACCCUAGAGGCCCAAGACUUCAUUUACACUUGUACCCUAGAGGCCCAAGACUUCAUUUACACUUGUACCCUAGAGACCCAAGACUCCAUUCAGACUUGUACCCUAGAGACCCAAGACUUCAUUUACACUUGUACCCUAGAGACCCAAGACUCCAUUCAGACUUGUAUCCUUGAGACCCAAGACUUUAUUUACACUUGUACCCUAGAGACCCAAGACUCCAUUUACACUUGUACCCUAGAGACCCAAGACUCCAUUCAGACUUGUACCUUAGAGACUCAGGGUCCAACUCACCAGACUCUUCACUCAGAUUUGCAUUCCAUAGUCUUGAGACACCAUUCAAACGUAUACCUCAGAGACUUAAGACUUGUAGCCCAAAGACUUUACUUAGGCUUGUACCCAAAAGGCACGUGACUACACUGAGACAUACAUCCCAAAGACUCAAGACCCCUUUCAGACUUGUACCCCAGAGACUAAAGACUCCAUUUACUUGAAAAUCCACUCAUACUUGUACCCCAGAGAACCGUGAAUCCAUUCCUUCAAUACUUACAUUCCAAAGACACUUAAGACUUGAUGUAACUUAAGAAUCUACUCAAACUUGUACUCCAUAGACUCUAGACUCCACUUGUUUAAA